AUGCUGUCGGGAUCGGGGAUAAUGCCUAAACUUGUAGUGCCGGUGGACACUCAAAUAAUGUGUGAUCUACAGUUUCCGGCGCCAUUCCACAACGCGUACACUGCGGGUCUAUCUGCAUGCCCCGACUCCGUAAUCUCGCUCCGACCGCUAUGCAUCCCGUUAAUGCUUGCCAAAGGAAGUGUUGCAGCUUCUGAGUACAUUUUAUUUUCCAUAUCUUUGCCUGGAGCCCCCGUGUAUAUGGGCCAAACAGAGUUCAUUUGGCUGGUCUCAGGGAAGAAGCUGGAAUCCAUGGAUCAUCCCAAAUAG